AUGUCGUCAAAAAUUGUGAAGGACAUAUUCGAGGCAGUUUCUUCAGCAUCAGAGGACUCUUUACAGUUGUUGAGUGCCAUGCUAACGAUCGAUGGAGUAGAAGAGAAACCGGCGUUCGAGGCGCCAGCGGCUGAGGCCGAUGUGUCUGUCGUUGAGGUUAUUCUGGACGAACUCGUUGAGUUUGUGAAGAAAUCUCGAGAUCACUUCUGUAUUCGGAAUGCUGAUUUAAGGGUUGUUGAGAUCGGCAGAUCGGACAAGUCGGAGACGCUCGUUGUUGCGAGAGCUCGACUAGAGAUUCUGCCUGCCCGGUUCGCAAUCCAGGUUGAGGAUGGUUUUCUACCGUGUGCUGACUCGCUGGGCGAGGCCGCCAUUAUUAAUAUAAAACUCGUCACGAAUGAUGACAGGUCUUCCCUGCCGACUGUGAAAGUGACCUCGCUGGCGCUUCGGAGUGAUGACAUUGACAUACAGUGGGAACGUGAGGACGUGGAUGGUGGAGUAAGGUACAAGGUGUUUCCUCCGAAAACGAAUCUCAAGGAGAACUAUGCUACUACUCGGUGA